AUGGACCGCGACGGCCCGGCGAGCAGCCCCCUGAUCGCCGGCAACGAGACCGCGCCCCCGGUCGCCGCCACCCGCGACCCGAGCCCGGGCGGGGCCGGGCCGGGACCCGCGGGCCCUGGCGGCGGCGGCGCGCGCCUCGGGGGCGGGCGGCCGGCGGCGGCGAACGCAGCGCGGGAGCGCAGCCGCGUGCAGACUCUGCGGCACGCCUUCCUGGAGCUGCAGCGCACGCUGCCGUCGGUGCCGCCGGACACCAAGCUGUCCAAGCUGGACGUGCUGCUGCUGGCCACUACCUACAUUGCUCACCUCACCCGCAGCCUGCAGGACGACGCCGAGGCGCCGGCGGACCCAGCGCUGGGCGCCCUGCGCGGAGACGGCUACCUACACCCUGUCAAGAAAUGGCCCAUGCGAUCAAGAUUAUACAUUGGUGCUACUGGUCAGUUUCUGAAGCAUUCUGUGUCUGGAGAAAAAGCAAAUCAUGGCAGUACUACAACAGACUCACAGCCUUAGGUUUUGCCCUGGUGGGUGCUAGUACAAAGUGGCAUCUAUUGUUUCUAAAUAGUAGGAAAUCAUUCUAUAUUUAUUACAUCAGACAACAAACAUCAUUCCUGAAAGUUUACGUAUGAAUCCAUAGUGGGAAGUUCAGAUUUACCUGUUUAAUUUAAAUAAAUGUGGGUUGAAAUAAUCAGUCUUAUAUAAAAUACACAGCUUAUCUAUCCAUUGUGAGAAAUAGUUACUACUAUAUAGUGCAAGAAAAAGUAUAGGAAAAAAAAGACCUCAAAAUCAAAGAAUUGUGAAUAUAUCAAAGAAUGCACAUGUCCUCUGUAGUGUAUCUAUUAACACACUGAAAACCUGAUAUCUAUCAAUAAUUUUUAUAGUUUAAAAAAAAUUAGACACCAGUAUUCCAUUUUUGUGAAAACCAGUUUGUGCUUAAGUUGGUCUAAGAAGUCAUUUCAGUUGGAAAGUGUGAGAUCAUUUAUUCAGUUUUAGCUGAGGAUAUGGAAUGAAAAGAUUGUUGGGGUAAUAUGAAGUUGCAAUAACUUCUGCAACUAGUGAUUUUUCUCUCAGUAAACUUGUUUGGAGUAUUCGAAUACUUUAUUGUAUAGAGCUUGGCCACCUUUCCUAGAUAACUAUGAAAUACCAUGUUUCCAAACUGUGGAAGGCUUUGGGAAUCCCUGCAGCCCAGUGUGAACAGCAGGUGAGUGUCACCGGGCAGCAGGGUUUGUCACCCUCCUCCCUGUCAUUCCAUAUCCAUCUCACCCUCUUUCAGGUCCUAGACUAGAUGAGCAGGUGCAGCUGCAGCCACUUAACAGAGAGUCAACCUGUCACAGUCAGGGCUUCUCCCCCUUGCCAGUUGCUGUUCACAAUCUACUUGGCCAUUAUGAAAUAGGAGAAAACCUGUCUGAUUUGGGGAUUCUGGCACUGAUCUGCACUGUGAGGGGGUCUGAGGACACUGAGUGGCUACCCUGAGCUAACCCAGGCCCGAGUUUAUCCCCCUGAACCUGCCCGCAGACUGAAUCCAUCCCAGGAAUGUCCUCUGCGAUGGGCCUCUCCCACCGCACUCCACACCAGAUGCCCAGGGAGCGGCUGCACUGCCAGACUGUGCCAGUUUUAGUUUCCAACAGGAGCUCGGGGAUCAGAGCCAGGAAGUAGAAAUGUUGGUCGGGGAACACACUGAACCCCAAGCACGUCUGUUGUCAUGUCUUGACUCUCUUCUUUUUCUCCUCAGUCUCUACUAUUCCUCUUUCAACUGUAAAGUUCAUUUAUUUCUCAAUAACCUAGUGUUAAAGUAGCUGAAUUUGAUCCAGGAUUAGCAAACAGAAAAGUAUAGUAAUGGACUUGGUUGAACCGCUUAAUAUAGCUGUUGAACCAUCAUUUUAUUUUUCUCCUCCCUGCAGUUUUCUUCCAGCUCUUGGCAGCAAAAUGAGGUAAAAGACCAUUUGAAGGCAAAAACCAUCACUCAGCCGCACAUGGCCAUAUCUUGGCUCAUAUCUGAUAGCUUAUAAUUUUUAUUAUUUUAAUGUGAAUACGCCUUGUGAUGUGACCAAAGCAUGUCUUUACAAGAAAAGGCAUAUAAUAAAAACUUUCUACAUAUUAAUAGGUAGCAAAAAUGUUUGUAUAUUUAAAUAUUUGUGAAUAUAUUUACCCACUCAUAUAACAUUGAAAGGAAUAAAAUGUAAAAUGAGAUAUGAAUUCAGCCAUUCACUAUUGUAAGUUAUUGCCAUAAAAAAGUGCUGAGAAUAAUCUUUUAUCUUAAGGAAUGAAAUCAAAGUUCUUUAAAGUUACCGACUGAACUCUAAAUGCCACAUUUAAUACCAAGAGUUUGAGAAAAAUGGUUUUCUUGCUAAUAAUCUAUUUGGCUACAGUUGUUAAAGCAUUUAAUUGGGUUAAAACUAUGACUUCUGUUGAGUUGCCAGACUUCCCUAAAUCAUCCUGUUAAAUAGUUAAGCUUUGCCUUUGGCAGUAUUACUUUUUAUUUCUUCUUGUCCACUUACAGAAAAGAAAUGUUUUAAUGCCAAAAAAGUAUAUUUCUGUCAUAGGUUUUCAUAACAUUUCAUUAAAUUGCUAAAUAUGCUAACAGCUUUUGGUAGAUUGGAAGAUCUCAAGGGAGAAGUUGCAUAUUUUCACCCAAAGACUGAAAGGAGCAUGUUGUUUUAAUUAAUGGUGCAUGGUCAGGAUAAAGGUAUUAUUAAAAUAAAGCAUUAAUUUGAAAAUUAA